AUGACUCCGAGACUGUUUUGGAUUGGAUUGGGCAACAUGGGACGGGGGAUGUCCACAAACAUCGUGGAAAAGGCAAACCUCGAUCAGCCGCUACUGAUCUAUAACCGUACCAAGCAGAGGUGCAUCGACCUCAGCGAAAAGCUUCCCGCCGGAAAGACGGAAAUCGUUGACUCCAUUGCCGAGGGCGUAAGCAAGGCGGACAUCAUCUUCAAUAUCCUCUCCAACGACGCGGUGGUGGAAGCUUCCAUUGCUGAGAUUCUGAAGAAUGACAUCAAUGGGAAGCUCAUUGUCGAGUGCUCUACCAUUCAUCCAGAUACGACCGAGAGGAUUGCUAAGCAAGUUGAAGAUGCGGGAGCUCAGUUUGUUGCGGCUCCUGUCUUCGGUGCUCCAGCCAUGGCGGACGCUGGUCAGCUCGUCGGUGUCCUGGCCGGACCCAAGGCUGCUGUGGACAGAGCCAGGCCGUAUUUCAAGGGCGUCACAGCCAAGGCCGAGGUCAACAUGAGCGAUGAGCCUUACCGGAAGGCGUUGACGCUCAAGCUCAUUGGGAACACCUUCAUUCUCAAUAUGGUCGAGCAAAUCGCCGAGGGCCACGUCCUAGCUGAGAAGUCCGGUCUGGGCACAGAGUACCUGCAUCAGUGGAUCGAGGGCAUGUUUCCGGGUCCCUAUGCAGCCUAUUCGACUCGGAUGCUCACGGGAGACUAUUACAAACGGGAUUACCCUCUCUUUACCGUGGAUCUUGCGAGAAAGGACGCAGGUCAUGCGAUGAGCCUUGCAAAGGAGGCAGGUGUGAGGUUGCGCAAUGUGGAAACGGGCGAUGCUCACCUUGCUGAGCUCAAGGCGCAUGUUGGGGAGAAGGGUGAUAUUGCCGGUAUCUAUGGCGCGGUCAGGAUGGAGAACGGCUUGACAUAUGAAAACGAGUAA